AUGGAUUGUGAUCAAGAAAACAAGUUCGAUGAUGAUUUACAUCAGAAGGACGAUGAUAAGAAAGAAGGGUUAGAUCAUGCCAAGAAUUCGUCUGAAGAGAUAGAGAAGAUGAAUAGUCCAGUACCUUGUGAGUCUUCUGAAGUUGGUAAUAAACCAAAGGGUAAAGAAGGGUCGCCAGAUCAGAAAUCUGCAGCUUCAGGAAUACACAAGUGUGUGUUCUGUGGGAAGGAGUUUAAAUGUGGAAAAGCGUUAGGUGGCCACAAAAGAUUCCACCUUCAAGCUCAGAAGAAGAAGGACAAGGAGGAUAAAAAGGCGGCUAUUAGUAAUGAGAUCAAGAUGUCUUCUUUGAUGUCUAAUGGGAAACACUGUUGUUUACUUUGUGACAAGGAUUUCCCAUCACAAAAGUCCUUGUAUGGGCAUAUGAGGUCCCACCCUGAUAGGGUUUGGAGGGGUGUUUGCCCUCCAACAACAACCUCUGAUAAGCAAGGUUCUAGUUCCCCAAACUCUGCCUCUAUAGAAGAGAUUAAACAUGAUAAUUUUGAUUUUGGUGCAGUUGUUAUUGCACCAAAUAAACCAGCUAUUGAUCUAUCAAAAAUUCUACCCCCAACCUGGCGUAAAACCUAUAGAAGAGGCAGGGAAAGUCUUUGUAGUGAUGAGACUUUUGAAGCAUCUAAAAUUAUUAUGUCUUUGUCUAAGGGUAGUUUGCCAUGUGAUAAGAAUAAGAAAGGAAAGCAAUUGAUUGAAUUCGAGGAUGAGAAGGAGAAGGAGGAGGAGCAUAGGUAUGCUAAGUGGAUUAGAGAGGAGUGUAAUUAUGUGAAGAAGAUGAAAAGAGCAUGGAAUGGUAUGAACACUCAUGAAGCAUCAUCUAGUGGGGUGAAAGAUCAUCUGCAGCCAAGAGAUGCAUACCAAUGCAACAUCUGUGAUAAAUCAUUCUCAACAUUCCAAGCCCUAGGAGGACACAAAUCAAGCCACAAUAAAGAGAAGAACAAUAAGCCUCCAAAUGAUGUCAACAUCGGAGAAUCAAGUCAAUCUGGCCAAAAAAAUUCACUCCCUGAUCUGAAUGAGGUAUUUGAUUUAAUGGAUGAUGAAGAAAGUUAA